AUGGCUUCUUCAAAUUCCACUCCACCGACUCCCGGCGACGACGAUGACGGAGAACCGUUGUCGGUCCCGCCGCGACAGAAAGUCUUGGGGACGAAGUCGUGGCUGGUAGUAUCAGAAUUAGGCGAGUCACGCAAUGAGAAAGUCGGCAAGUACUGGAUCAUGCGAUGGACGGGACCCCCGGCACGUGACUUGCGCGUGCUUGAUCCGAUGCUGUCUUAUCCUUCUACGAGUUUGGGGCGAGAGCGUGCCAUUGUUGUUAACUUGGAGCACAUUAAGGCUAUUAUUACGGCCAAGGAGGUCUUCUUGCUAAACUCUAUUAAUCCUUUGGUUGUAGAGUUCGUUCAAGAUCUUCAGCAUCGUAUUUCUUCUCUUCAUGGAACGCCUACGCGACAGAUGGGAAGGGGAGGGAAGGUUACUUCUAGGGGAGAUGUGAAGAGAAGGGUUAGGUCAAAAGGUAAGGGUUCUGAUGAUUCUGAUGAGGAUUAUGUGGUUUUAGAUGAAGGGAAUGAUGUAUCUGAGGAUGAAUUGGAAGAUUAUUGUCCUUCCAUAGAUGGAUGUGCGUCGGAAGAGAAUUUUGGUGGUUUUGUGGAAGAGGAGGAGGAAGUAGAAGAAGAGAAGGAAGUGAGGAAGAGGAAAAGGGUUUUGUACGGAGAUGAAGAAGAUGAGGAUUAUGAAGGGGAGCAGGAAGAAGAGGAUGAGGAGUUUACCCUUGAUGAAGAUGAUUGUUUGGAUGAUGAAAAGGAAUUGGUGGUCACGAAGAAGAAAAACAAUAGUAGGAAGAAUAAGAAGUUGGGUAGAAAAGGGUUGAGAAAAAAAGGUUAUGUUAGAGGUCGAAAAAGGAGAAAAUGUACUGCCUCAGCAAAACCUUUAGGAAAGAAAGGAAGAAGAACUCGUGGGUUGAGGAGGAAAGAAAGAUGUGGUGAUGAUGAAGAUGAAGAUGAAGAUUGUGAAUUUCUUGAUGAUGCUCUAAUUGUGAAAGAAAAGAGCAAGACAAAAUCAAGUCGGCAAAGGCGAAAGUAUGUUGUACCUUCAGAUUCAAAUUUUGUGUCUUUUGGGUCAUCUGAUUUUGAUUACACAAUCUCAGAGGAAGAGAGAGAACAAGUGAGAGAAGCCAAUGAAUUGUGUGGGUAUCUGAAAACUAGUUUAAGGAGUUCAGUUUCCUCAAAAAGGUGA